GUGACGUCCCAGGGGGGCGGAGGACGGCGCGCUGGCUCCGCGCCCUCCCCGCCUCCACCGGGUGCCCCGUCCGUCGGUCCUCGGGAGAUGCUGCUGCCGCCUUUGCAUUUGCCGUGCACGCCGCUACGGGUCCGUCCUCUCCACCGCCGUGGCGCCGCGGUGUCCGAGGGCGCACCCGGGCCGGGGCCAUGCAGCCGGGAGCCGCGUUGCAGGCCAUGCUGUUGGCCGCGCUGCUGGCGGGGCCCCGGGGUACCACCGGUCGCCUGCUAAGCGGGCAGCCAGUGUGCCGGGGAGGGACACAGAGGCCUUGUUAUAAAGUCGUUUACUUCCACGAUGCUUCUCGAAGACUGAACUUUGAGGAAGCCAACGCAGCCUGCAGGAGGGAUGGGGGCCAGCUAGUCAGCAUUGAGUCUGAGGAUGAACAGAGACUGAUAGAAAAGUUCAUUGAAAACCUCUUGGCGUCUGAUGGUGAUUUCUGGAUUGGGCUCAGGAGGCACGAGGAGAAGCAAAGCAAUAGCACAGCCUGCCAGGACCUUUAUGUGUGGACGGAUGGCAGCACGGCAACAUUCAGGAACUGGUAUGUGGAUGAGCCUUCGUGCGGCAGCGAGGUCUGCGUGGUCAUGUACCAUCAGCCAUCCGCACCUGCUGGCGUCGGGGGCCCCUACACGUUCCAGUGGAAUGAUGACCGAUGCAACAUGAAGAACAAUUUCAUUUGCAAAUAUUCCAAUGAGAAACCAACAGCUCCUUCUACAAAGCCUGGAGAUGAAAGAACAGGGCCAGCAACACCCAUGCUUCCGGAAGACACGGGGAAAGAAGAUGCCAGAGAGACAUUUAAAGGAAAUGACGAAGCUGCCUUGAAUCUUGCUUACCUUCUGAUCCCCAGCACCGUCCUUCUUCUUGUGGUCAUCAUGGUUGUGUUUUGGGUUUGGAUCUAUAGAAGGAGGAAACGGGAGCAGCCAGGCCCCAGCACAAAGGAGCAGCACACCCUCUGGCCCUCUCCUCACCACGGGGACUGCCCAGACCCAGAGGUUUACAACAUCAUCCGAAAACAAAGUGAAGCCGAUUUAGCUGAGACCCGGCCAGACCUGAAGAACAUUUCAUUCCGAGUGUGUUUGGGUGAAGUCGCUCCCGAUGACGUGUCUUGUGACUAUGACAACAUAACUGUGAACCCCUCCGAAAGUGGAUUAGUGACUCUGGAGAGCAUGGAGAGUGGCUUUGUGACCAAUGACAUUUACGAGUUCUCCCUGGACCGAACGGGGAGGAGCAAGGAGUCUGGGUGGGUGGAAAAUGAAAUCUAUGGUUAUUAGGACACAUGAGAAACGCUUGAGCAAACGGGAACAGGGAAGAAAAGAGGCAGCUUCUCCUGUUUUCUACGAGGAAAAGACUCAGAAUGUCUAUGAAAAUGCUCAGAUCAGGUCGUGGGGUGAGCCUGUGAUCUCCAUUAGGCCCUGUUGGAUCCCUAAGUUUGGCCAUAUCCCUUAUCCCAGCUUCUCACCCAGAUCAAGCUUAUGAGAAAGCACCUUGCCCGCGGUCAGGCAUGUAGUAGAAAAUAAAUAUCAAUUGAUGGGUUAUUUCUGACUUGCAAGGGACUGUGCUUUCCUUGGCAGGGAUAAGGUUGUGGCUGCGGGACUUGGGAAACCCACCUCUAGGUUCCAUUUUUCUUACUCUGUACAGCAGCACGUAUAAUUACAAAGAGACAGAAAUUACAGAAUCUUUGCAAAGCCCACGUCCUCUGGCAUCAGGCGGGCCCGUGCAUCAGCGAUUCUUAGAUGUGUUUUUUUUUUUUUUUUCAAAGAAUCAAAUCAAAUCAAAAGCAGGAAGCAGAAUGUUAGUCUGUCUGUGUCUACAGCCCUUCCUCUGCAUGUGGCCUCAGGGGACCUCUUUUUCUUUCUCCUCACAUCCAAACUUGGAAAUAUCCAACUUGGAAAUACUUUACAAACUGGAACUGAAAUCCGAGUCUCGGCUUCCAGGCGUAUUUGCGUGCCCAGCCCUGAUAGUGCUGUUUAUUCUGCUUGCGUGUUCGUUCUACUGAAGCAUCAACACAAUAUUGCUGAUAAUGGUAAUGAUUCUUCCUUUUUGCUGUAGGGACCUAUUUCAGGUACUUUUGGACUCAUAUCCACAGAAAAGUUUCUUGGCCUAAUACCUGUUGUUUACACGUUGAAGGUCUGAGGGCUCUUAUUUAAUAUCACCAGCAAAGCCCUGCUGUCUUGUUAUUUUAAGCUUUCCUCAUAUAUCUUAUUUUUUCAUAGUUUGUCACUUUGCCUCCCGAGCCCCGAACUAGACAGCGUUAACUGGUCUGGGUCAGAGCAGUACCACGUGCAGUGGAUUGUAAUCACCGCCCAAUUACCCGCCCCACUGGGGCAGAGAGCAGGGUGGACGACAAACUCGUCACUUAAGCCUGCUUCCAGGAAGUGUAUUUUGUGGACUUACAACAUUUUUUUUAAAGAUUUUAUUUAUUUAUUUGACAGAGAGAGAGAGAGAGAGUACAAGCAGCGGGAGCAGCAGAGGGAGAGGGAGAAGCAGGCUCCCCACUGAGUGGGGCUGGAUCCCAGAACCCAGAGAUCAUGACCUGAGCUGAAGGCUGACACUUAACCAACUGAGCCACCCAGGCGCCCUGACUUAAAACACUUAAAGCAAAAAGAGUGACCUCAUGGUCUGAAGGAUUGGGUCGUUGCUCCAAAACAUCGAAGUUCCCAUUUUGCUUCAGAUGUCCUGGCUCUAUAAUCUCUCCUUUCAUCCCCCUCUGCCGCCCUCCUUGGGCCCCUAUGAGGCUGCACCUCCAACAGGGUAGGGAUCCUAUGUGCCCUGUCAGCAUCGUACCUCCUACACCCCAGACCGCACCUGGCACAGAGUAGACAGUAUUUGUUGAAUGCAUGAACACUUAAUUUUUCAGAUCGAUGUAGAGUAGUAUAUAUAUACAUAUAAAUAUAUAUAUCAGCCUAAAAGUUUGUAGCACCCGUCAUUCACACCCUGCCUGAGUUGGGGAGGUCAGUGGGUUAUUUUAGUUUAAAAGGCAUUCCUUUCGCCUAGGAAGAAGGAAGCGCGUAACAAACAGAAGCUGAAUUGUGUUAACAACUUACUUUAUGUUGCUGAAGCUGGUAACCAAAGCGUUAAUGGGACUAAGAAGAACAGCUGCAACUUUUUACCCAGGCCCCUUUUAUUUGCCUUUAAAUUUCCCUGACUCUUGACUCUCCUUUGGGGGGAGGUAGAGUUGAGGCUUGUCUGUUGGGCUCCUCAUCUGGUCGCCUCUCAGAGAAGCCCUUUCCUCACGGCUUACUCGAUGUCUCAGUGUUAGCUGUGCAUCAGACACACAAACUUGGGUUUGGGUACAAAGUUGGCAAACCAGCUAGGAGCUCCUUGCUCAUGGUUCAUCAGUAAGGGAAGUCUGGUGACCGUCCAAGCGGCUGCCUAGGCUCUUGGUCCCAGGGACGAUCACAGGGGCCCCACCCCACCUGGGUACCGCCAACCUUCGGCACCAAAUAUAACUCCUGCAGCAAAGAACUAGUUUGGGGGUUUGGUUUGGACGGACAUCUCUUGGUGAGUACUUCAUGUGCAAUGGCUCGUGACCUUGUUUCUUCUGUUUGGUUCAUUCGGUGAAGCUCUGGCUUUUGGGGAGGAACCGAUGCUUACUACUGGUACCCAGGACUUCAUUUGGUUUGUUUGUUGUUGCAAUUUUUGGUAUCUUUGAACAAAACUAGCCGUGUUCCAAUUGGGAUAUGGGAAAUGACCAUUUGAUCCCCAUAUGCAGCCCUUUGGGUUGUAUUCUCUAAAAUUGGGUAAUUUUUUUUUUUUUGCAACACUGCUUGGCCGCAGUAUUUGUUAGACUCCUAAGAAAAAUGACCAAUUAAUGGAUCUAUAAAUUAUAAUCUCAUCUUACAAUGGAUUUGUUUUGUAAAAAGAUUAUAUUUGGAAAUUGGGCCUUUAAGAUUUUGUUUGCAUCAUGUUUGUGUAUUUGUAUGUGCGUCCAUGUAUGUUGUAAACGUGAGCUGUUUUCUCUCUCUCUGGAUGGUAUCGCUAAAUUUCAUUUAGUUGGCUUAAAGGCAAACACUUAUAAUAAUUGGGCAUUCUAAAACUCAGAAAAAUUGUAACUAACCCAAACAUCUUUCAAGUUUAUGUGAUCUGGGAAAAUGUUUGAUAUUGAAGCUAAUUUCAGGUUGUUGGGUUUAUUAAAAUGGACCUGUCUUUAGAGUUGUUGGCAUUAGAUGUACAGUUUCUGUUCUACCUGUGUUUACUGGAAGUCAG